GCGGCGCGCUUCAAAUCAGUCGCGCCUGGACCUUCGUCACGGAGGGAUUUCGCGCGUUACUCACGCCUCUCUCUAUCUCGUAUCGUACUUGUCAUUCGUGCGAUCGUCGUUCUCGGUCUAAUCGUCGCCGCGAGGUGAACGCCGAUCGGCGACACGCGCCGCGAGUCUCUCUCUGUGCCGUACAAUCCGUGCUCCGGUUUCUUCGUUUUUUUUUUUUUUCUUUCAUCGGGUCAGUGCCGAGGUACGCCAUUACGCGAGUUCCACGCCGGCGGCGGUGACGCGCGUCGCCAGGGAUCAUCUCGUCGGUGGAUGCUGUUUGCACGUCUUCGCGUCGUAGCUGCCGCGAGAUCUCAAGGCUCAAGGACCGCCCGAUUAAAAAAUUGAAAACUCCGCUGUUGCGCAUCGUGUGUCGAUCGAACAAUCGUGUGGAGUAGAUCAUUUUCAAGGACUUUGAAAUAGACAUGUGCGUCAAGGGUCAACCGGACGUUGUUCGCCAAUGAUUCAGGGUGAGUGACAACGGCGACCAGGUGACAACAAGGACCGUGACGCACGUAGCCAACAAUCGACUGAAAAUGGCCAAAAGCGCUGAGAGAUUACCCGGUACUUCUACCAGACUUAGGACCAGAGACGACGGCUGCUGUUCCGUGAAUUUCUUGAAAUACGUUCUUCACAUUUACAACGUGGUGUUGUUUCUGUCCGGACUAGUGGUGGGUGGCAUCGGUAUCUGGACGGUGGCGGCGAAGCACAGCUACGUGUCCCUGAUGUCCACGUCGACGUAUCCUACUUUGGCCUACGCCCUGAUCGUCGCAGGUGUACUGGCUGUCAUCGGUAGCUGGCUCGGAUGCGGCGGCGUAACUUCUGAAAAUCGAUGUGUCCUCCUCGUGUAUGUCUUCGUGGUGAUGGCAGUGCUCGUACUGGAGGCAGGAGUCGGUGCGCUGGCGCGUCUCUACGAGGAACAAGUUGGUCCCGAAUUGAAGAUGAAUUUAAACCGCACCUUCCUGGAGAAUUACGCGGUGCGAUCCCGGGAAACCGCGGCCAUCGACCAGAUGCAGAAAGAAUUCAAAUGCUGCGGUGCCUUGAGAUUCGAGGACUGGCUCGUGAGCGAGUGGCAUAAGGACGAGGAGGUCCUCCGGAAUGGCAGCGUCGUACCUGACAGCUGCUGCAAGACGCCGACGUUUCUUUGCGGGAAAAGGGAUCAUCCCUCCAAUAUUCAGUACACGGGCUGUAUUUACAAGUUCCUGGAGACGACGAAGGACCAUUUGAUAAUCCUGGGCGCCGUCGGACUCGGCCUGUCGGUCCUCGAGCUCUUCGGCAUCGUUCUCGGCUCCUGCCUUUAUAUAAAGCUCAGGCACGACUUUGAUGACUGAGAAUUGCUUCAAUGCCCCGAGGGCAACAACAACGGCCAGUCGUGGUGCAGAUACAUGCAGAAUAAUCUGGAGACCGUUUGAUCGUCGGAGUAGGGGCGGGAGGACGCGCGAUUACAGCCGCGGGAUUGUACGGAUGAAAGGGAACCAUCCUCGGCCGCGGAUCCUCGUCUGCCACUCCCUCCCCCCGACGCGUUCGGAAAGGUAUCAACAAGUGAAAACGAAGGUGGCAAUAAAGAAACGACGCCGUCUUCGUCGAUCGUUACCUCGCUUCCCGCGAACUUUGCGCAAAUUACGUGAUUAGUGAUUACGGACAAUCAAAGUGGGAAGCGAAAAGUUCAAAGGUAAAAACAAAACGUAAAUUAUAAAAAUCGAUCCGACGUCCCGGGUCGCGAUCUGAAGGCGAAAGACGCCUCCGAUCGUUGAACACUUGUGCAACGGAGUUGGGUUUAAAACUCGUGUGCAUCGUCAUUAAAUAGAUCCUUUCAAAGACGGUGCCAUUAUGAGAUACAAAGGGGUAAAAAGAAAAAAAAAACUGCAACGUAUCGCGAGGAUUGCUUCUGAAAUCGAUCGGUUUUUCCGGUGCCUUCGUAAUGAUUUAUUUCUCAACAAUACCGUCUUCGUCGCGUCGUUUCGGAAUUUCUACGGAGCUGGCGAUGCCAACGGGUUUUAAGUCCGACUUUAGUGCCUUCUCGAACGGUGUUCCCACGUAAAACAAAUUUACAAAGAACAGUUUUAAUAAGCAAGCGUGCGUGGGCGCGUUUACGUGCGGUACGCAGGACCAGUAUAAUUAUCUCGAGUAUGUAUCUAAUAAGAAGUCGUUCGCGACCAGCGCAGCCGGGAUCGACUGCGCGACUCACGACUAGCCGAAAAUUGUAGUUCUUGUUGUCAAUGUUUGAAUAUUUUCUGUGGUAUUUUCUCCCGGAAACGAAAACAAGAGCCUGGGUCCUUUUUUAUAGCGCAUCGUCAGCCAACGUUAAUUAAACGAGCUCUAAUCUUCGCCGCCGAACACGGUAAUAUUUUACAAACUCGGCGAAAUUUCACAGGCGCUUCCGAAAGCGCUGCCUCCACUCGAUACUGCCAUUUGCAAAUUUACACAAUUUUCAAUUGCGGUCUGACAAGAGUGCGCCAUAAGAGCCAUGACAAAAAAAGAAGAGGCGAGUUUUUUAAUUUAUCGAUUGCGAAGCCGUAACUAAGCAUAGAGCGAAAGUGAGUCCCGAAAUGGAAUUUACCAAAAAAUUGUCAAAUAUAAUAUUUUCAAAUUUUAAAUUUUGCUGCCAUGCUCCCGACGUUUGAAACCUCAACACUGAAACAAAACAAUAAAAUUACAUCUUUGCUUAAUAUUUUACAGACACUUCAUGACUUUGAAUUAAUUGAAUUAUUUCCGAAUAUCGCUUUCUGAAUAUUUCUUAUCCUUCUUGCUUCUAUUACUUCGUAGAAGAAAAAUUUUAGCAGAUUAAAAAAAUCAAUAAAAAUCAAAAAGAUGCAAUUAGAAAAAUUAUAAUGUUUUUUAUGUUUGAGAAAACUUAAAUAAACGAAACGUUUCGUUUUAUUGAUAUUGAUUCAAAUAUUUUAUAAUAUUUGAAAUACUUAUAUAUAUGUAUAUAUAAAAUUUUUAUAUACUCCAUCUUAUUUGCUUGGUUAAUUCAUCUUGAUUCUAUUUGCAAUAGAAAUUUAAAAUAAUUAUUUUCAGUUAUAUCCAUUAAUACAUGUGAAUAACAUUUUUUUGUGUAUACGAAAGUUAUUUAUAAAUAAUUUAAACAAUUAUUAUAUCAUAUUUAUUAUAUUAUUUUCUCCAAAAACAAAAUUAAAAGGUUCUUAAAAAUAAAACUUUGCUGACAGGACAUACGAAAAACUAUUUGACUUUGAAAUGUGAACUUUGGCGUAUAAACGUUGCGUUUGCGCAUAAUAUGAUUGCUCAAUUAAUAAAUUGAACAACUCGCCUUCAUAUUGAGGGAGAAUCCACGUUACCGCGUCUGGCUUUUCCCGGAUAACAAAAGAGAUCUGAUCAAGUCGAGUAAUGUCAAUUUUCCUGCGAUCGGAUCGCGCGUCAUCGAGUUUCUUCUUCUCGAAAAAAGAGCCGCAUCUUUUCUUUCCUCGGCUCGCAUGCACUGCGCAGUAAAUAAAUAAUCUAUUUAUUUACUUGGAGAAAAACUACCUGCCGUAAACACGAUGACGGACCGAUCUGUAUCGAAGACAAAGCGAAAAUCGACAAAGCGAAAAUCGACUCGAUAGAACUGUAAACAGUGCCUUGAUGAUAUUCUUAAGCUCAGAGAUAUUUUAGAGUACGCGUAAAAAAAAAGAAAAUACGUCGUGACGAUGUAAAUUGUUAAAGAGGAACCAGCGGAGAAAGGGAAAAGGAGAGAGACUUUAGCGUGUAACAAAUUUCACAUACACAUACAUACAUACAUACAAGCAGCAUGUAUAUAUCCGUUGCUUCGCAAAUGAGUACAAGCCUUUGCACAUUAUUUAUGAUAAACGCUUUCGUCCGCGACAAGACAAAGGAGCGCGCCGCUUGGAUCGGCAAUUGUAAGCUACUGAAAUUUUUCCGCUGUGAUCCACGCGACGAAUGGCUGCGUUCAAAAAAGGGUUAAAUGAGUAACGGGUUAAACAAGUAAAUCUUUAAUAAAAUUGAUUCUUAAUAUAUAUAUACAAUAUAUAUUGUAAAUCGAGUUCAUUCUUGAUAAAAAAACCAAAGUAAUUAAAUUUUAUUCUAAUAAAAGGGAGCAUUCCGUUUGAUCACAUUGCAAUUGACCACAGUCACUCAUAAUUUUUCUUUUGAGACAUUGCCCAAUAUUACUUCGACAUAACCAAUUGCCCUUUGUUUCUACACUUAAUUAAUUUUAUUUUUUAAAGGCUCCAUUAAUACGUCCUGGGAGACAUCGAUGAUCCACGCUGAACUUUUCGUUCAGACGGAAAUGAGAGAUGUUUUAACUAAAGAAAAACAUAAUCAUGAAAUACUUUUUGAUAUUAUGCGUAAUUUAUAAUACAAUAAUAACUCAGGGAGUCAUCGAUGACUCACACGACGCUGCAAUCAGUUUUUUCAAUUUGAGAUAUGAUAUUACAUUACAAUUUUUAAUUUAUUACUUUAUGUAAAAAUUACCAACCGAAAUCGAUCGAUUGUUUGUAAAAGUUUGUUCAAAGUAACUAUAUUCGAAAACACACACAAAAGUACAUAGAAAUAUUUCUUUCCUUUUUAUUUUAUAGAAAUUAAAAUUUUUAUUAGUCAGACAUCGUUACAUAUCACCUUAAUUAUUAAAUGUUUAAUUAAUAAUUAAAUAAUUACUUAUAAAUGUUUGUAUAAAAUGUUAAUUUUAUUAAAUAAUUCUAUUAAAUGCAGUUUAAUUAAUCACGUAAAAUUGGUCCGGCACUUGUUACAGGAUUUCAAUCUAAAUAUCUUUUAAUAAGAAUGAAAGCUUAUUGAACUGCUUUUUAUGCUGAACGCGGCCAUUGAUCCUCCGCAUUUCCCUUAUGUCCCACGCGUUAUCGAAUUUUGAUAGGCAACUUAUUUCACAAUCACGACGGCCGAUCGUCAUCGACCGAUCCUUGAAGUCUUGCAAUUGCGGAUUUCAUCGAUGUUCUCGCGCUCAAAAAAGUCCAAACAUAUUUUACUACUGUACCAUCGCGUCAUAUGUUAUUUUAAUCUAAAUAUUAUUGUCCUCCCUUUGCUAUUAUGUAUACAUAUAUUAUCGACUAGUGUCUAGGCGAACUUUAUACAUAUUGUACAUAUCAAACGCUAUUCUGUUACAAAUAAAUGUUUAAAUCG